AUGGCGGCGAGUGCGAAUCUGCCUGUGCUGGACGUCACUGUCGACCCGGGUAGUCCUUCGGAAGAGAAGGAGAAAGCCGUCAGGGACAUUGCACGGAGGCUCAUGCCAGCAUGGCAGCAUGUGCAGGAGCAAGAGCUGCAGGUUACCACCAUCUCGGGCGGCAUCACCAACCUGAUAUUUAAAGUGCAGCUAGGAAAGGAGCAGGAGGAAAUGAAGGGGAAAGGGCAAAACAGGGAGGCAUCAUUCAAGGGAGGCGGAGACAGCAGCAGCCAAUCGGAGGCGAUCACUGUGCGCAUUUACGGGCCAGAUACGGACAAAAUCAUCAACAGGAGCAGAGAAUGGGAGGCACUCAGGGCGCUGUCAACAGCAAACUUCGGGCCUCGCCUAAUAGGGAGCUUCACCAAUGGAACCGUGCAGACGUACCUGCCUGGCCGCACGCUCACCCCACCUGAGAUGUGCACCCCGCCAUUGUCACACCUGAUAGCAGCACAGCUGCACCGCCUGCAUCAUCUGGACGUGCCUCUUGGGUCGGAGGAGGAGCGGAAAGAGGGGCACUUGUGGCACUCUGAUACUGAUGCCUUCACUGAUGCCUACACUGAUGCCUUCACUGUUGCCUUCACUGAUGCCUUCACUGAUGCCUUCACUGAUGCCUUCACUGAUGCCUUCACUGAUGCCUUCACUGAUGCCUUCACUGAUGCCUUCACUGAUGCCUUCACUGAUGCCUACACUGAUGCCUUCACUGAUGCCUUCACUGAUGCCUUCACUGAUGCCGGUGAUCAGCAACCUUUGCCGGCCUCCUCCUCACGGUUGGCUCGUUGCCAUCAAGCGCCUUCAGCCGAGAAGCUUAAAUAUGACGACCCGAAGCUGCAGACCCGCUUUGACUCCAUUGACUUUGCCAAGUUGAGAAGCGAGAUACAAGAAGCAAAGGAGUUGACGGACCGUCUGCACUCGCCCAUUGUCUUUGCCCACAACGACCUCCUCGCUUACAACCUUCUGCUGGAUGAAUCUCAACCAGGCGCCCCCGUGAUGCAUAUGAUCGACUUCGAGUAUGCAGCAUACAACCCCCGGGGCUACGACAUUGCGAACCACUUCUGUGAAUAUGCCGGCUUUGAGUGCGAGUACUCAAGAUUUCCCUCCAAGGCCCACCAGCACGACUUCUUUCGUCACUACCUGCACCCCACCGCUCCUGAAAAGGCUUCUCAGGAGGAUCUGGACAGGUUGUAUUUGGAGGUGAAUGCGUUCACCCUCGCCUCACACUUCUUCUGGUGCCUCUGGUCCCUCAUUCAGGCCAAGUAUUCAGCCAUUGAUUUCAACUAUAUGGACUACUUUUUUGUUCGCUACGGCGUGUAUCAAAAGCGAAAGGAGGAGGAUGUUGCUCUUGUAGAGGCUUAUCUCAGCAAUCAAAAGCUGCAAACCAGCAUAGUGGUUUGA